AUGGAUGGGUCGGACUACCAAGGAGAGCAGUGUCCCCAGUUCGGUCGGGCAAUGCACCCCUACUUCGGGCUUGACCCAGGAUUCGCGAACCUAAACCACGGUGCUCUAGGAUCCGUCCCGCGCCCAGUCGCCCGGGCGUACGAGAGACUAUCUGAGCAGGUAGAGGCCAACCCGGACCGCUUCAUGUGGUUCGAGUACUGGCCUAAGCUGGAUGAGGUCCGCGCAUCCGUGGCGAAGCUUAUCGGCGCGAGUCCGGAUGAAUGCGUCUUCGUGCCGAAUGUCUCGCAUGGCGUCAACACGGUGUUGAGGAACUUCGCGUGGAACAAGGGAGACUUCAUAAUGAUCACGAACUGCUCCUUCGACACGAUCAGUGGUGCUGCGCACAACAUCUCCGACAUGCCACCUCAUCCGACCGUCUCGGAGUUUCCUUUGCACUUUCCGGAGUCGUAUUCGUCCAUGUCGUCACGCUUCCGGGAUCAUCUGAGGUCUUUGAAAGUUAAACAAGCGCAGAGUGACGGCGACGCCUCGAAGAAGAUUGUAGUCAUUAUGGACAGCGUGCCUUGUGCUCCGGCUGUCCUCAUGCCCUGGAAGGAGAUGGUCCAGAUAUGCAAGGAGGAAGGCGCUUGGAGCCUCGUUGAUGCUGCGCACUCCAUCGGACAAGAGAUAGGACUCGACGUAACGAAGGCAGCGCCGGACUUCUGGAUAUCAAGUUGCUGCAAGUGGUUGUACGCCAAACGUCCCUGCGCCGUGUUGUAUGUACCCAAGAGGAACCACCACAUAAUCAAGACUGCCCUGCCGACAAGUCUGUUUUACCAAUUGAUGAAGCCUUCUGGGAGUACCCUCGUGGAGACGUUCAAGUGGCCGGGGACCUCGGACAUGCUCACGCCGCUGACUAUCAAGUCCGCACUGUCAUUUAGAGCAUUCCUAGGAGGCGAAGAGAAGAUCAACGCAUACUGUCAUCAACUCGCUCUCGCCGGAGGCAGACGUAUGGCCGAAAUCCUCGGAACGAGCAUGAUGUACUCUGCCGAAGACGAGGAAGGGUACAAUCUCAACAUGGCCAACGUGGAACUUCCCAUACCGUCAACGGUACACAUGUCGCUGGAACUCAUGCAUACGUUCCAGGACAAGCUCAUCAACGAACACAAUACUUACUCUACACAGUUCUAUCAUAACAACAAGUGGUGGACGAGGCCGAGUGCGAAUGUGUUCAACGAGAUAGAGGAUUUUGAGAGACUGGGAAGGGCUUUGGUGGUUGUAUGCAAGGAGAUCACCGACAAGUUCGGGAUUUAG